UGGAAACCUCAACGAAUACCUACAGUACCCGAGAAUCUUCAUCGUCAUCUUUUCCGGAGCGAUCUACCCUCGACUUCCAGUGAUGUGCAGAUUCCUAUACAGCUGCCGAAACUGAGAUCGCCCUCUUUGCAAGAACAUUUUAGGAUUGUUGCUGAUGAACUCACGCAGACGUACAGGGAGUACUUGGAUUUGGCAGCAUCUUUUCCGCCCACUUUUCCUAAGCCAUCUCAGUGGAAAUGUGAUGUGGGAUGGACGAGAUAUGACCAUGGAGGAGUCGUCGAACAAGUGGAGUGGCCACUGGAAGAUGUAUUCUUCUUUGAUGUCGAAACAUGUGUCCUGGACGGUCAAUUGCCAACUCUUGCCGUAGCACUUUCUGCAAAAGCUUGGUACUGUUGGUGCAGUGAGCGCCUUGUGCAUCUUACACCUGUUCCGCUGCUGGCUCGACUCGAGCAUUUGAUCCCUCUCGGAGGUCCGCUUUGA